GAUGCGGGAGCGGCGGCAGCUUCCGCGGCGGUGCGCCUGAGGAGCGGCGAAGGGGGCGGCUCGACUCCGGGGCGAUGGACGUGGCCGGGCCGCGGGGGCCUCCCGGCGGGGUGGGCUCCGCCGCCGUCCCUCCGCCCGGGCAGCCCCGCGAGUACAAGCUGGUGAUGCUGGGCGCCGGUGGGGUCGGCAAGAGCGCUAUGACCAUGCAGUUCAUUAGUCAUCGUUUCCCAGAAGAUCACGACCCCACUAUCGAGGACGCUUACAAAAUCCGAAUAAGGAUUGACGACGAACCUGCUAACCUGGACAUUUUGGAUACGGCGGGCCAGGCGGAAUUUACUGCCAUGAGAGACCAGUACAUGAGGGCAGGGGAAGGGUUUAUUAUCUGUUACUCGAUCACGGAUCGCCGAAGUUUCCAUGAAGUCCGCGAGUUCAAGCAGCUCAUCUACCGUGUUCGGCGUACAGAUGAGACUCCAGUCGUCCUUGUGGGAAACAAAUCUGACUUGGCGCAGUUGAGACAGGUCUCCAAGGAAGAAGGCCAGGCCCUGGCCCGUGAAUUCAGCUGUCCCUUUUUCGAAACGUCAGCUGCCUUCCGCUAUUAUAUCGACGAUGUGUUUCAUGCGCUCGUCCGGGAGAUCAGGCGGAAAGAGAAGGAAGCAGCAGCGGCAUUGGGGAAGAAGUGUAAGCCACGAGCCACUGUUUGGAAAAGGCUGAAGUCUCCCUUUCGGAAGAAGAAAAAUUCUGUGACGUGACUCGGAAGGCUGCCUCCAACAAAAAAGAACGGUGGCCCAUCAGUGAGCCAAAGUAAUGCAGGAUCCUUGGAUGCAUUGCUGCAAACUAUUAAUUGAAAUAUUUCCAUUUUUAAAAAGUAUUCGGGAAGCUGUUCCUCUGGGGAAUAACUUUUCCAGGGAUCAAGAGUUGUCAUGAUACAAUGUGUGUGUCAGAUUUUGUUGAUUACCUCUUCCUGGAGAAGACUUGGCAAAAUGUUGGACCCGGAUGGUUGUAAAUCAGCUUUCCAAAGCCGUGCAAAAUAUGUAAGCAACUGGCUUAUACUUAAGAGUCACCAGGCGGAUUGGUAUGGUCCUUAUUCCUGAAAAGCUGUUGUCUGGCAACGUGAGGAUUCCUCUUGGUUCUGUGUCCCUGUUUCAGCAGCAUUUCCAGGAGUAGAACCGAGUGUCUGUUGUGUUCAACGGCUAGCACAAUUGAGCUUCACUUUUUUUCUUUAUUUUUCCACUAAGAAAUUGUUGGACUCACCUUGGAUGUCUUUGUAGGCGGGGUGGGGCCGGGUGAAGGAUUUUGUAAGCAGCGGUCCUCGUGGAAACCUGAUGGAAACGGCCAUGCGAUGUAUCUUGUGAGGAGGACACAGGGUUUCUUAGUGUGAUUAUUUUCUGCUGUUCCUGUAAGUGUGCGCUCUUGGAUGGGUUGAGUUUUCCCUGUGCUGAUGCUGUAUUUUUUUGAGGCUCUUUGGAAAACUCAAUUGAUGUUCUGCCAUGUCAGACACCAGAUUGUGAAGCGUUCUGCCGGAAUAAUUUGCAUCAUCACGUACUCCCCAAUCCCACAGGUGGGAGUUUAGGAUACAUCUCCAGUAUCCUUUUUUUCUUUUUUUGGUGAAGUCCUGUGGCCAGUGAAAUAGAUAAAGGAAUGAUAGAAAGGCAUAGUGGGGAGGCAAUGAGAAGUCAGAGGUUGAUGAAGAAAUUGAUCUGAUGACCCAAGGCCAAGUGGAGGGCUCGAUGGCGGGACACAGGUUUUGGCGACUGAAAGUCCCAGGUUCCGUUUCGGGCAGCUCCGAGCUGUUAGUUAGCAGGAGACAGGAAGAAAUUCCUCUUCCAGCCUCUGGAAAUGGCUGCCGAUCCACUUUGGCAGCUUGGUGAGGAACUGUGGUAUGUGUGGAGUGGCGUUGGAGCUGGGAGGUCAAGCGAGACUUUUUUCAGAGAGACUUCGGGAAGGGAAAGGUAGAGUGGUGCAGUGGUUAGAAUUUCAGACUAUGAGCUGGGUGGGGAGCUAGGUUCAAAUGCCUGCCCCCUCCGCAGAAGGCUGCUGGGUGAUAUUAGGCCAGUUGCAGACUUUGAGAAUGAGAAUAAAACGGAGGCACGGCAAAUGAUGCUAAGCCACUUUGGGAGAAAGGGUGGGGCAUAAAUGAAGUAAGUAAAUAAUACAAGACAGAUUAAGAGGGGCUCUUCAGAUCUCAGCUGGAUGUUUGAAGAGGAGAGAUCCAGGCCAUUUCACGGGGCUUUCUUUGGGAAUACGAGGGGAGCAUAUGGUGGGUUAAAAUCACAUGCAUGGCUCUUACAGGAGGGCUGCAUCACAUAGUGGUUAGAGUGUCGGACUAGGCCUUGGGAUAACCAAGGUCUAAUUGCCUGCUCUGCCACUGAAACCUGUCAGGUGGCCUUGGGCCUGUCACAACAUUUCAGCCUGUCACAACAUUUAGAAGAUGGUUGUUACUGUUAAAUGGGGGGGGUGAUGUGAAAAGCCUCUUUAGUCCCCAGUCAAGGGGUAAAGAGACUAUAAGUAAUGAAAAACAAACAAUAAUAAUAAUAUUUGAUUUAUAUACCGCCCUUCAGGAUGACUUAACACCCAUUCAGAGCGGUUUACAAAGUAUGUUAUUAUUAUCCCCAUAACAGAACACCCUGUGACGUGGGUGGGGCUGAGAGAGCUAGAAGCUGUGACUGACCCAAGGUCACCCAGCUGGCUUCAAGUGGAGGAGCGGGGAAUCAAACCCGGUUCCUCAGAUUAGUGUCCCGCGCUCUUAACCACUACACCAAACAAACCCCGGAACAUUUUUUUGGGGGGCGGUUUAUGUUUAGCUGGAAUUGUUUUCUUUGCAAGCCAGGUGCCUAGAAUGAAACCGCUACCUUGUUUGCACAAAACUCUGCUGCAUCUCAUACAUCUCAUUUGGCAGGCAUCAGGUCUGGAUCCAUUGUUGAUUUUAUUCACGAUACCUUAAUAGGGUAACUUUGCAAAUAAAAGAAGGGUGUUUUUUUUUCAUGUGAUAAGCUCCUUCCUUGGCCCCUUCUCUGCCAGGCCGCUGUGCAUUCUCCCUUUCAGAGAGCAGCAUAGUUAGGAAGCCUGCCGUGUGAUGGUAAAAUGUAGGGAUUUCUUGAGUUCUAAUUUAAUAUUUUUUAUUGCUCUUUUGGUUGCCGAGUUAUACCCAUUGUAGGUUUGUUUUUCAAUAUAUAUCUUAGCUGUGCUAAAUUCAACUAGGCAAUUAGGGGGGCAAAUCACACAUUCCACUUAGCGUGGAAAUUUUAGAAUGCAUUUAAUUCAUUACAGAAAUAUAUGGUGUAUUUAUACUAGUAAAUUAACUUAAUGAUCCGUACUGGAUCGUUUUCACAGCUACUAACUUAGGAACACCUUUUUAACGUAAUAGAUUUUGUUUAGAUGCUGUUGAAAUGUAUUGGAUAUUUCAUAGAGGAUUGUGUCAAAAGGGCAAAUUCAUAAUAAACCAUAGAAGCAACCUAGGGGAGUCGGAGGGAGAAAAGUAAUCCAUCUCAAUCCCGUUACCUCCUUCUAAUGUUUAAAAGCUAACAUGACUGUUGUAUUUAAACAGAGCCCCUACCUCACCAUCUAAAGCGGGAUUUUUAAAAAAGGCCUUUGGACUAAAGGUUGAUAUUCCUGUGCCUUAAGCCGAUACAGAAUUCAGCACCCAGUGGUGCUAAAUGUGAGCCCAUCUCCCUGAAGAAUGAGCACUUUCUUUGGACCCAGUCCAUGGUUGUUUCAUUGAUGCCUUUGUAUGCAAAAGAUGAGAAUUGUAUUUGACAUAAUAAAAGACUUUGUCAUGA